AUUCCUCCGCCGCUCGCAGAAUGCCUCUCACCGCAGACUCCCUCAACCCCGCCCUCCGCAGCGUCGAGUACGCCGUCCGCGGCGAGCUCGCCAUCAAGGCUGAGCAGCACCGCGUCGCUCUUCAGAAAGGUGGAGAACAUGCACAGGGGCUGCCCUUUGACCGCGUCAUCUCGAGCAACAUUGGCAACCCGCAGCAGAAGGGCCUCGACCAGCCCCCGCUCACCUUCGUCCGCCAGAUCGCCUCACUCAUGGAGUGGCCCGCCCUCGCCGAGCUUGCACCGGGUGCGUUCCCAGAGGACGUCAAGGCCCGCGCCAAGCAGCUGCAGGAGGAGAUCGGCAGCAUCGGCGCGUACAGUCACAGCCAGGGCGUCCCGCUCAUCCGACAGCACGUCGCCGACUUCAUCGCUGAGCGCGACGGCCACCCGUCCGACCCGUCCGACAUCUUCCUCACCGCCGGCGCCUCCGCCGGCGUCUCCCUCCUCCUCUCCCUCCUCAUCACGAACCCCAAAGACGGCAUCCUCAUCCCCAUACCCCAAUACCCCCUAUACACAGCGACGCUCGCCGCGCUCUCGGGCGCGCCCAUCGCCUACCACCUCGACGAGGCGCGCGACUGGGAAACAUCCGUCCCCGCCCUGCGCGAGGCCCUCCAAAAGGCCUCGACCGACGGCGUCCGCCCCCGCGCGCUCGUCGUCAUCAACCCGGGCAACCCCACCGGCUCCCUCCUCAGCGCCGACACGAUGCGCGAGAUCGUCCAGCUCUGCGAGGCGCACGACCUCGUUCUCCUCGCCGACGAAGUCUACCAGGCGAACCUGCACCGCCCGGCCCACGCGCCCUUCGUCUCCUUCAAAAAAGUCGUGCGCGACCUCCAGUCGCGCGCCCCCCUCGUCUCCUUCCACUCGCUCAGCAAGGGCGUCGCGGGCGAGUGCGGCAGGCGCGGCGGCUACCUCGAGUGCACGAACGUGCCCGAGGACGUGAAAGCGCUCAUGUACAAGAUCGCGUCCGUGGGGCUCUGCCCGCCCGUGCAGGGCCAGGUCGGCAUCGACUGCCUCGUGCGCCCGCCGCGCGCCGGCGAGCCGUCCUACGCGCUCUACAAGGCCGAGACGGAGAGCAUCCACGGCGACCUCCGCGAGCGCACACGGAAGAUGGCCGCGCGCCUGAACGCGCUGCCGGGCGUGUCGUGCGUCGACGCCCCCGGCGCGCUGUACCUCUUCCCGCGGAUCUCGUUGAGCGACAGCGCGAUCAAGGCGGCGGAAGCGAAGGGCAAGGCGCCCGAUGCGCUGUACGCGCUCGAGCUGCUCGAUGCGACUGGGAUCUGUGUCGUUCCCGGCAGCGGGUUCGGCCAGAAGGAGGGCGAGUGGCAUUACAGGCUCACGUGUCUCUGUCCCGGCGUCGACGACUACGUGGGCAAGCUGGUCAAGUUCCAUGAGGACUUUAGCAAGCGCUACCCUUGAGCGUGGGGGAGGUGUUGUACCGACAGAGGAAUAUUUUUUGUUGGGUAAUUUUUGUUGUUGCCCUAAUUCUCUCGCAUUUAUAUAGAGUACCCGCAUACAUACGCUGUUGUGUUAUCCCCUCAAUAUGCACUCGAUUCAAU